AGUGGACGGGGAGGGCCAAACCGGUGGAAUGUACUUCGAGAUAGAAAAUGACCAGGAAGUUAACGUCAAUGUAAUCGACUGCUGAGCUAACAUUAGCCUCGCGUAAUCGAUAAAGAAGUUCUAAAGACUGAUUACUUAGCUCGUGGAGAAGUUUAUAAGUCCAGGACGCAUUAAGGAGACAGGUUGCUUACGGUCAAAAUGGACUUUGAUCCGGAGAGGGGAGAGGAGCAGGUGCAGGAGGACAAGGUGAAGACGCUGCAGUCUCAGGUGGAUGGGGUGAAGGACAUCAUGACACAGAAUGUGGACCGUAUCCUGGCCAGGGCUGAGAAGCUCGAUGACCUCAUGGGCAAGUCAGAGGACCUGCAAGCUGGGGCCCAAAACUUCAAGCAGACGUCCCAGAAGGUAGCCCGCAAAUACUGGUGGAAGAAUGUGAAGCUCAUAGUUCUGAUAGUGGUCAUCGUUCUAAUCAUCAUCCUCGUUAUCAUCCUCCUGGCCACUGGAGUCAUCCCCACCGGCUCCCCUGUGAGACCUGUAGACCCAACCACCCCACCCACCAAGCCCUAACCACAGUCUCUCUUUGUCAAACACACACACACACACACAGAACCUCAAAAUACACAGAUAUUCACAUAUACACAAAUACUGUACAUACAUCAAUCAUAGUGGCACCAUCAAUAUUUAGUUGGCGCAGGCUGUCUCGUUGAGAAAGUCAGCAGUCUAACUUGAAUAGGUACUGUUGUCCACAGUUGCACUCUAAAUCAAAUGUGUUUUUACAAUGAAUUCUGCUCUUUGUGAUGUGUGCUGGGUUUGAUGAAUAACCUACAUUUGUGAAUAACUUAUUUGCACAUUUGGCCUUAUGCCCAAGAAUGUAUAACUGCCCCUACUCUUGUCCAGUUUGAAAAUAGAUUAUAUAUUUUACCCCGUGCACCAACUCUUACUGAUAAUGGCCGGGUUUCCCAGAUUUGUUAAGAAGCUCUUAACACCAAGAGCUUCUUAGGAGCGUUCUAAGAACGCUCUUAGAACGCUCCUAAGAAGCUCUUAGCGUUAAGAGCUUCUUAACAAAUCUGGGAAACCCGGCCAAUGACAGAAACACUGUUUCACUGAGUUACUAAACUAUUUCAUGAGUCUCAUAUAAUUUCCCUGCCUCUGAGUCAAAACAUAGAUAUGUGUGCAGCGUAAAUAUUGUCAAAUUUCAAGCCCGUUCCUUUUGAAACCCCAAUCAAAUUUAAUUGAUGGUUGCAUGCAUGGGCUUCACAGGUCAUUAUAUCAGUGAAUGCAGAGGAAGUGAUAAAACUGCGUUUCUUUUCUUUUUCUUCUUUUUUAGUCCACACUUUAAGCGAGAGGCACUGAGUAGGCCUACUUACAUGGAGCUCUGUGAGAAUUUGGAAGCAAUUUGUGUAUAUUGUUUUCAGCGUUUGAUGUAAUUGGAGGUAUUGUAUGUAUGUUGAGAUGCAGGCUCUUCUGUGAAGGACACUCAGUCGAAGCCUCCAAAAGAUGAAGGUACAGGAAUGGAGGUUUGUGCUGUGCAAAAGUGGGUUAGACAUGAUCACUUGUCAUAUAUUUUCUUAUUUUUUCUUUUCUUUAGAUAAGUGUUUUUAUCAUUUUGAAUGAUGUCAGGUACUGGGGACAGGGUGUGUAGGAUACUAAAAGAUCGUAGAUACCUUUCAGCCUUCAAUUCCUCCUGCCUUUUCACUGAGCUAUGCCCUUCCCAAAAUCAAUGCCAAAGCACAUCAUCACUGCUAGAGACCAUGUUUACAGAACUCGUAGGCUUUUAAUCCAUUUGGCAGAGUGAACAAGCCCUUCAGUGAGAAUACUGUACAUUUGAGAUUAAGGGUUACAUUUCUAGUUUUAGACUCUUUUACAAGCUUAUAGCGCCCUCUGGUGGCCAUGUUGCAUGUUGCUCUCGCAACUGAUUAAAUAAAAUAUUGCUCAUGAAAGUAGCUGUAACUGUCGGAUCAAUUAACCAGUAUAUGUACCUAAAGCCACUUUAUGGCAUAUAUUUCCAUUCAAAUCAUAUUUGCCUAUGUAAUUAAGUAAAUGCAGUUUGUUAGGGAAUUAUAUAUCUAUUGCCACUUUUACAAACAUCUUUUGAGAUAUGUUAUGUAUAUAGUUAUAAUUUACAAUAGUUGAAGUUGACUCCUAUUUACUAAAUAUAACAGCUGUAAACUCAACCCCCCCCCCCCCCUACCCACAAACGCAUCAUAUAGAUGAGCAGUUUUUAAUCACAUUACAAAUGAAGGAUUGUUUUUAGAACAAGCAAUGAGUUAUUCAUUUGUUUCUUGAUUGCUUUAUAUGUGAUGCACUCAUGUGUUACUUAUUUGGCUCUGUUGUAAUUUGCCUUGAUCACCAUUUGAAUGGCCUGAAACAGUGAUGAAUUUGAGACAAUUAAAUAAUAGAUGCAGA